UUGUCAAAUACAAAAGAAAGUUGUUACAGUAACAAAAAUAAAAAAAUUUCACCAACAAAACAAGGCCUAAGAACGCAUGAUAGUUGUUGCCUUGUUGGUAAAUUCGUGCAAGUGUUCGAGCGUUGUCAAUUUGAUGAGAGCGAGCCAUCCAGCUUUGCCGACCCAGCCAAUCCUGUUUGCGGAAUGGAAAAAAGGCACCAACGGGUUUAUCUCUUGCCAGCAGCCAGUACAUUUUCGAACCGAAAGAAACCAAAAAAGAAACCGUCAUAGCCAACCAAGCUAUCAUCGCUGGGUCCUGCCUGAGCUUCCAUUCUUUCUGAUAACAACAACAUAGCCUGGAUUAGCUUCUUGGUGGACGAUUCCUCCGCUCCGGGAACCUUUCCAUACCAUGGCACGCGCCGUCGUCUUCUUCUGGGAUUUGGAUUUGGGGUACCGAGAGCGAGACGUACCCUCCCGAAAGAGGUGCCCCCUUCUCCGGCGACGGCGACCCGUGAGGACCCCUGUUCCUGCAAGUCCCAUCCGUCACGCGACGAAUGGGAUGCUCCCACGUGAACGGGCAUGGUGCCUUUGCCUCACUUGUUCUCCCGGUCAAGAUUAUCAUGCCAGCGACAGUUCGGCCCCGUCGAUUCGCCCAAUCUGACGAUUCACUUCCUCCACGUAACAGGGCUCUGUGCCUUUCCUGCCCUGGCUGGAUCUCUGUACAGUAUCAACCUUCGUCUGAUCAGAUGAGAACUUUCAGCCACGCUCCGAAAGAGAAGCUUCUUCAGCUAGAGGCCUUUCAGCCACACUCCGAAAGAGAAGCUUCUUCCUGUAUUCUGCAACUGCAACUGCAAGUGGGAACACAACAUCAGAAGGGAGGCGGUCUUGACAUGGUGUAAAUCACAGGAAUAAAAUGGGAUUCCAUGGACCCCUACUGAUUAUGCAAGAACAAAUGUAGUAAGCCUUAUCUAUUUCCCCGCGCUUUCCGCCCCCUAUUUUAUCUCAAGCCCAUCAAGUCCGCAGACAUAUUCUUGCUAUGAUAGAAAGAUUAGGGCAUUUGUAUUUCACAACUCAUAUUCUAUCAGAAAAAGAAGGAAGGAUAGCCAUAACAGAGAUGCCAAAGAGCCGAUGUGCCUCUGGGAGUGUUGUUAGAUCAGAAUUCAGAAGCUACACUAAGCGCUGACCAUCAAGAAGUCAUAUUCCGUCAGACAAACUAGGAGGGAUGUACGGAGUACGAUGAACUUGCGUACAAAACUUACUAGCACCAUAUGCCGUCAUAACUUCUACGUCACAAUUCGCAUUGACAACCUCUUGCCUUGAGGACCUGGAGCAUCAGAGACGGUCCAAGUGAAUCUUCCAGUGUGUCGUGGGGGUCCAAGUCAGGACAGUUGCCCACUCUAGAGAUAGUACAUUAUGACAGUAAGAGGUAUAUUGUCCAUAUUGUUGGGAUGACUAUAAAUUUUUGACCCAAAAGAGGGAUUAAGCAGCUCUAUUUAUUACAUGGUAUUACCGGGUUCAUCAUGCAAAUAAGCAAACUGCAUUUGAUUUCAAAUUUUCUGGCAACUGAAAAACAGAAGUUGCGUCUUUAAAUCACAUAGAGAUUUUCCCAUAAGCCAGAUUUCGUAUGGCAGAAAUAAAGGACAGAAACAGCUACGGAGUGAUAUGUUUAGAUAGAAAGAUUUGCACAGAUAUGAAUAGACAUACCAGAAUAGUUUUAGGAGAAAAACACAAUAUACCACCUGAUUCAUCAUUAUCUAAACAGCAGUGCUAUUUUAUAAUCUUCGGAGGAUGAAGAAGACUUGAUUCUGAGUUCUAGAUGUCGGCAUGCACUGAAAUAAGCCACACAGCUGUACCACUAAUUUGCUUCCCAAGCAUCUAUCUUAGUAAAAGCAGUACCAAGUGAAGAAAAAAAAUAUUAUGUUGGGAGGAGACAAUGAACAGGUGUCAACAAAAUCUCUUACUACUUUUUAUCGUUGAAGUCUAAUAUUCCCAGCAAAUAACGUUUCACUUGAGGAACUUCUUCCAAGUUCCACCAUCCACCAUUUGUAAUGAGAGGGCAAUCUUCAUUACAGUAACACUAGAGUGGAAUCUUUAAUGUGUGCUCCCUAGUAAAACGAUGGCCAGGAGCUCCUGCAUUCACUGAAGGUGGAAGUGAGCACCUGCUGUGAGGAGGCUAAACAGCCUCCCCACCAGAUCAGUAGCCUCUUCCCAGGCAUGUAAGUUCUAGCCUGUACAAAUCAAAGACGUAGAAAUUUACCAACCAAGUACUAGAGGACUUCAGGCUCGGUUUCCCCAUUCACCUAGUAGAACUUUUGUUAAUGAAAGAGUGAGGGAAUGUUCAUGCUGCAAGGAAAGAAGAUGAGGUGUCAAUCUGAUAGACAAGUCAAAAGGCAACCCACUUUUCACGAGGAGCAUAUCAUGGGGGUUACAGAUAUAGGGAAUAACUGAGUGCAGUCAUCAGAUUUUAUUCAUCAAUGUGGAAUUACCAUGGACACUCCUAUUUUUUGUAAGCCAAGAUAGUGGACAGGCCUACGUCCAGUGAUGACGGCCAAUAUAAAUAUAUGCAUCUUAAAGUUGAGAUUCUAAGGCAUCUAGAGCACACGACUCCUUAUAUCAUGAAUGCCUUCAGCACUUCAGGUUGCAAGUAUAAAUAGGACACGUACCUUCACCAAUCAGUGCACCCAAGUUCACAUUUGAGGCCAAAUCAGCUUCUUGGUUCUCUAGAGCGCAGGCCUGUAUAAAGACUCUAGAAGGCAACCUAUUUUUUCUUCACGACCUCAAAAUUAGCAUUUUUGACUAACCAUGUCAAGGGAUCCGCUAGUAGUAGGACAUGUAGUAGGUGACAUUUUGGACCCAUUUAUUAAAACAGCCUCACUUAAGGUUCUGUACAACAACAAGGAACUGACCAAUGGAUCUGAGCUCAAGCCAUCACAAGUAGCAAAUGAACCAAGGGUCGAAAUCGGAGGGCGCGACAUGAGGAACCUUUACACUCUGGUGAUGGUGGAUCCAGACUCCCCAAGUCCAAGUAACCCAACAAAAAGAGAAUACCUUCAUUGGUUGGUGACAGACAUCCCAGAAUCAGCAAAUGCUAGCUAUGGAAAUGAAAUUGUCAGCUAUGAAAACCCAAAGCCAACUGCUGGAAUACAUCGCUUUGUCUUUGUACUCUUCCGCCAGUCUGUCCAGCAAACCGUUUAUGCACCAGGAUGGAGACAAAAUUUCAACACGAGAGACUUUUCUGCGCUCUAUAAUCUUGGACCUCCUGUGGCUGCAGUGUUCUUCAAUUGCCAAAGGGAGAAUGGGUGCGGAGGCAGACGAUAUAUUAGAUAAAUCCAUCUCAUUGACUGUGCACUGCAAGAAGGAAUAUUAAUUAAAUUUGAAGAAAAAUGCAAGGCCUGCCACUUCGCAAAGCGAUGCUAAAUGCUGGGCCUUGAAAUGUAGUUUCAUUUGAAAAUUACUUUGCCACAUCUACAAGUGCAAUUAAGUUAGCAUACAGUUUCACCAUAUUGGACAACGGUCUAUAUCUCAAGUGAUUGAAACCUGAUGUUGAUGCAUAUUAAGAUUAUUGUUCUGGUCGUGUUCAAAAGCAUAUACCCUUCAUCAAAUUACUAAGUUGAAUACAUGGUAGUAGCAACAAAAUAAAUCAUGCUUCAGGCCCACAGUUUUUUUAAUAGAUCUUCAUGGAUUAAUAGUAUUACAGAGCUGCUUGUUUGACGAGGCUUAUAUAACAUAGUGCUAAGCCCUUAGUGCACUAAUGUGCAUAGUAGAGCUCUACCACUCUCAAUAUCAGUGGCGAGAUCUGGCAACCUUUUUGCCACCUGAUACAAAAGCAUCUCACUCUGAAGUUAAACUAUGUCUUGU